UUCUCCAGAGCCACAUAUAGGCUUAUAGUUUUCACAGGCUAAGUAGUACUCUUGUGAUGAGUAAACUAACCCAUGUGUAAAUUCUUCAGUGUCCCUUUAAAAAGUAUAUAUAAAAAAAGGUUAAGUGCCUGAAUCACAGUAGCCUAUGUAUUGCAAGAAACUCCCCUUAGGUAGGCUAUAAGUAUAUCACGUUCGUUAAGGUGUUCUUGCACAUAAUUGCCAAAAAGACCCCCCAAAAGAUAAACAGACUGGGAUGCUCCAUUUCUUUCCCCAGAGCUAUAAUAGCAUGAGAUGUUCAUUCUGAGCAACUGUCUCAUUGCCCAGCUAUUGCAAAGCCAAAGACCAUCCCAGCGGCAUGACCGUGUCACUCAAAACAGUGCUGCAGCUAUGGGCAUUUUUGCGGGCUAAAGUCAUGUCAUCUGAGACAUUUAAUUGGGCCCGGGCCGCCACAGGGGGACAGCGGACGGCAUUCCUCCACUGCCUGCGCCCUGUUGUGUUGCUCUUCGCCGCGUGGCUGCAGUCCGUGGAUAACAUGUCCAUACCCACGCAAAAUUGAGCUGCUGGAGACCCUUUGACUGACACCAUUGUAGUGGACGCCUUGACUAUGCUGGAAAACUUUUGAAUACAAAACAAUAUAGUUGGAGUCUCGAGGGAAGUGGAGGUCAACUUUUGGAUCGAUAAUUGUGCCAUGCAACGGCUGAGAGACGAUUUGUGCUUUUUCUGAAGAGACCUCAGCGGUGGUCCGACGGGGAACAGACAACAAUCAAUAUUGAGGACGUACACUGCUACCUGAUUUUAAACUUUAUUAUACGGAAUUUCCUGGGUCGGGCUCGUGCUGCUUCAGCUCUGUUUUGUGCCUGUGGCCUCAUGAAGGGAUAAAUGAUCACCUCAACCAGAAGAGUGUCUCCUGAUAAAUCUGAAGUUAGAAUCGCCUUCAGCCUUGACGACACAUCAGAUGCAAAAGAUGUGGAGGACGUCCCUCAGACUUUCCCGGAUCUUGAACAGCGACUACAGCCAGUGCCCCCCUGUGUGUCUCUGAGAGAAAGUGUUCAGGUGUACAAGGAGCACUGCCGGAUGGCAAGAGAGUUCCACCAGGUCAAACAUGAGAUCGCUGUGCUUGAGGACCGCAAGCGUAAGUUGCUGGCAGAGCUGGUGGAGGAUGAGGAGGUUGCCAUAGAGAUCGCCCGUCUAGAGGAAGAGUUUCGGCGUCUAACGGAGGAGAACCGGACCUUGAUGACUGUCCACAACGAGCGCGCUCAGCAGUUAGAGAGGCUCUGUGUGACCAAUCAAACGACGCAGGACUCCUCGUGACCUCUGACCUCAGCAGAAUCUGAGGCCUCCAAACAUCCAGCUGUCGCCAGACCGGGAAACCAAGAAGAAAUAAAGGCUCAGCUAGUACUCAUUCUACACAACUACAGUCAGUGAAUCAGCUAAUUACACAGAAAGGCGUCGUGUUUAUUCAUGUCUGAGUCAUUUGUUUGAACCACAGACGUACUGUCGUCAUCAGUUUGAAGCUGUUGUAGUGAUUCUACCAAGCUAUGACACAAAGCCACUUUUCUGGGUUUUGUUAUUAUGUGAUCUUGCAGAACUUUCCUGGUUGCCAGUGCAAUACCUCACAGUAUAUAUUUAUACAAUGUCAGCUGCUGUGAAUGUGACCAGAUAUUCUGAUAUCUGUCUCAGGUCCUGUGGAGACUCAGAUCUUUUACCUGAGGUCUGUGGAGGGAGCCAAUGGGAGUAUGAUGUGGUCCAAAUUUUGUAGUUUGAGGAGUGCUCCCCCUCCCUUCCCCGACAGCUGCUCGUCAAGUUCCUGUUAUGAUAAAAAAAAAAAAAAGGAAAUGAGACGAGUGUUUAACAGUGUCAGGGAUCGGGAAAUUAUAGCCAUUUGUGAGGAACAGCAAAAGAAGAAGGGUGAUUAUCUAUUUCACAAUAAUUAUCUGCUGUGACACAACACUGUAAGAGUUGUAAAUUUUUUUUGAUGUAGCGUGUCACACACCUGUAGAAGGGGAAGUAUACAACAAGAUAAAUUGUUGCUUAUCGUCCUCGUCUUAUUAAUAAAAUGUAUUUUAAUUUUA